AUGAAUCUUGGGAAUACUAACUCGUCAGCCAUCAAUUCUUGGAAAUGGCUACAGUUCAAUCUGGUAGCAGUCCCAAUACUUCUGCUAUCAAUUGCAUUUUUAACAAAUUUACGGACGCGCUAUACUUAUGGAAGUGCUGGCUGUAAUUCAAUUCUUAAAGGAGGCCGAUACCUUGAUAACCCUUCGUUUUUCCCGCAUCAGUGGCAGCCAGAUGGUUGCACCUUACACAAAUACUCAGAACAAACUUCACCAAAUGAAUUGAGUCCUUGUAUUUUGCCCGGCGAUGAAAUUAUAUUUUAUGGUGAUUCGACUGGCCGCCAAAUUUUUCAUGCAAUGGGCAACCUUAUCCAACAAGGAGCUGUUCUUGAUGCCAAAACUCAUACAGUAUCCUUCAACGUUCACAAUAUCACUAUAACAUUUGUAUGGGCACCCUUUUUUAACGAUACCGGUAACGAUAUCAUUAAAGACAUUGCAAAACUUGGUCCGGAUUCUGAAUACAAAAAAGAAGCCAAUGGUCGUGCAACACCUGACGCAUUACGACCACCAAAAACAUUUUUAAUUGCGACAGGUGGGUUCUGGUUUGCACGAGAUUUGGGUGAAGAAGCUCCUAAAAUUUUUAAAGAACGGCUACAAUCUUUAGUAGACACCAUACUGAAUGCUAAACCUGGUGCUUUUGAAAACUCAUAUUUUGUGCCUAUUAUGAUGCCAUAUUAUUUAAACCUUAGUGAUAGAAACCGAGAUUUUUUAACACCAGAGUCUGUGGGCAAUUUACUAACGAUUUCAGAUGAAGUUUUUUCCUUCAAAAGAGGAAGUAAAGGUGGCCCUGGGAAAGGAGGCGAAAUUUACAGCUCUCUUGAUUCAUCAAAACUUGCUAUCAAUUAUGUUCCAGUUGUCUCGAAUCUUGCUGGAGAAAAUAAUCCAGGACUUUUUGACUCUAAAGGCGUGCAUUUUGCGGCUGCUGCAAGAUAUGUCGAAGCCAACAUUUUUUUAAACCAUAUGUGCAAUAAAGAAUUGGCACUAGAGAGACAAGGUUUUGAUAAAGAGCAUGAUAUAGAAUCAUUUUCUGGUACGUGUUGUGUUCAAUACCCUAAAGUUUCAUAUUUGCAUUUAGCUGGCGCUAUCUUGAUUAUUACCGUUGGUUGCAUGUUAUUAUUUAAAGUUCAACGAGACUACUUGUUUAAAGCAGUGCCAAUUUUAGUUACUAUUUUAUAUGUCUACACUGCAGAGCGGACACACACUUUUAAUACCACCAUGCUAUUUUACGAUUCAAGAAAUUUGUUAGUUUUCCUUCAAAUUUCAUUCUUUUUAGGGCUUUUCUUUAUCAAAGAAGGUAAACCGAUAGUUGAUGGUUUUACAUUUAGCGAAAAUUUUAUUUUAGAGUUUAAAGGGAUAUGCAUCGUUAUGCUUAUUUUGAUUGAGUUUACAGGUUACGAUCUUGAGUUUGAUGAAUUUAGCGGUGCCAUUUUGGGUCGAAUUUUUUAUUCAUGCUGGACAGCUUUUGAAGUUUACCAGUUUACUUUAGAACUUUUCCGCUCUAAAAGUUUUUCUCCUAAAGAACGAUCUUUAUUUUUGGGAAUUAAAUUUAUUCGUCUUCUAUUUCUCCCUACAAUUAUUUCUUUUGUUUUAACAUAUAAAGAAAGCCCAAGCAUAUUUCAUUAUUGGGGACCGACUGUUGUUCGUCUUGCUUUUUGGUACAUGUUUGUGAUUUCAUUUCACCCUGCUACAAAGUUUGUUCCUGAAUACUUAAAAAAUUAUUUGCCAUUGUUUUUGGUUUUCUUUGGAUUUAUCAUGUACCCCAUAUCAUCCUCAAUAGACCUAGGAAGAGAGGCUAUUUCUAUUUCUUAUGAUUAUGUUUUGAUUUUCCUAUCAGUUGCUUCAGCUAUUUGUGGUUCAUUAACAUCAUCAAAUUACUCUUUAGAUUUUAAGCAGUCAUAUGGAAGAACUUUUUUUGCUGCCCUGAUAUUUGCUAUUGUUAUCAAUAUUGCUUAUUACCUUGUUCCGGUAUAUUUUCCCAGCGUCAUUGGAUCAUUGGUAAAUCCUUCUCUGCUUGAAUGCAACAACAAUGUUCGUGAAGCAGCUAUAUUUUUCCGAGGUUUGUCAUAUACCCCUAUAAGUCACUUUUUCCUUACUUUGAUUUUUGUUGUUACCUGGAUAGCAUUGCGAACCCAAAUUUCGCCCAAUACGUAUAUGAAUUUUUUUGUCGAAUCUGGCAAAUGUUCUUAUGAGGCCAUUGUGUUACGCUUCCAUAUUGCUCUUACCGCAUCUGGUUCAGUUUUGCUUUGGCUACUUCCAGGAGGGUCUGGGGUAGUUGUUUCAGGACUGCUGAAACGUGCCUAUCAAGUAAUUUCAAAAGAUACACCAAUUAAUAAUUUUGAAUUCCCUGGUGAACUUACAUUUCAAGCUAAGUGCAUUUUCAAUGCUUUAUUAGUUUUCACUAUAUUCAGUUUGCUUGUGAGUUCUUUGGGUUCUAUUUGGGCCAAUUUGAAAAUUUUACAACCAAACAAUGACAUUGAAACCCUAGAAAAAUCCUCUGAAAUGGAUCCAUAA